AUGCAACUACCCUUGCGGCAAUCACGAACCAAGGGCCAUGCUGGUAUCCUGCAUCCCUAUUCUGAAGGAUUGGUCGCUUUCGAGUAUACCGACGGCCUCGUUCGGAAACCAAACACCCUCCUGUUCAUCGGCGGCCUGGGAGACGGACUCGGCACUGUCGAGUACCUGACAGACCUGAUCACGGCGGUGGAAUACACAUCCUGGUCCGUCUUCUCGCUCAUUCUCUCUUCUUCUUAUAGCGGAUGGGGAGUGGGUCAUUUGGGCAAGGACAUUGAUGAGAUUGCGCGCUGCGUGAAGUAUGUUCGGGACUACAAGCAGGAGUUAUUCGGCGCGGGGAGGAUUGUGAUCAUGGGCCAUUCGACAGGCAGUCAAGACGUCAUGCAUUAUUUGAGUUGUGCGAAUCCGCGACCGCGACACCCUGUGCUGGACAAGAAUGCGGCAGUAGAACCUUCCAAGCGGCUUCCUGUCGACGGAGCCAUCAUGCAAGCGCCUGUAUCGGACCGAGAAGCAAUUAAUUGGGUCAUCCAGGAUGGAACGGACAGGGACGCUCCAGAAGGAAUGCGCGAGAUAUACCAGAGAACUAUUGCGAAAGCCAGAUCUACCCCUUACGAAGAUGACGACGCCCUCGAUACCCUCAUCCCUCUGUCUGUAACAGCUCGAAUUGGGUAUCCAAGCUCAACGCCGGUGAGCAGUCGACGGUUCCUGAGCCUGGCCAGCCCAGACAGUCCAGAGAAACCAGAAGAAGACGACAUGUUCAGCUCCGACCUCAGCGAUGACCAGAUGCAGAAGACCUUUGGCCAGCUGCGCUCUCGGGGACUGCUGGGUUCAAAACUAUUGGUCUUGUAUUCCGGAAGAGAUCAGUCUGUGCCACCGUGGGUUGACAAGGAGCUUUUAUUGAAGCGCUGGUCCAUGGCAGCCGGCCCCGACUACUGGGACACCAAUAGUACGAUCAUCCCGAACGCCUCGCAUGCGCUGAGCGAUGAUGAUCAGGCCGAGCCGAGAAGGAUGCUGGUGGCGCGCGUCAUGUCUUACUUGGAAGAUGUAGAGAAACACAUUGCGAGUUGA